UGGGAUUAGGGAUUGAGGCGUUUAUGGGACUAUAAAGAUGAAGCUGGUCCCUUGAUUUUGUAUGAAGGAUUACAUGACAUCAGUUAUCUACUAUUCCAUUACUUGAAACUCAAUCUAUCACACGCACUUAUACGACUUGGAACAUAACGUCAAGAUGGUUGGUUUUGGAUCAGCAAAAGACCAGAAGAAGAACCAUGAGGAGAUUGCAGAUAUUCCUGCGCACUUGUCCGACUUGCACUGCUUCACUGAGACAGACAACUCAAUGAUGGACCUCCCCGGCUAUCGCAUCACCAAAGUUCUCGGCGCAGUCUACGGCAUUACAGUACGCUCACGCAACAUCGCCGCAGGAAUCGGCAUGGUUAUAAAGAGCAUGGCUGGCGGCGAGCUGACCUGGUUCACUUCGAUGCUGUACUCUUGCCGCAAUGAUUCUAUCAGCAGGGUUGUUCAAGAGACGAAGAGGAGAGGGGGCAAUGCUAUUAUUUGUUUGCGCUUUGAGACUGGGGAUUUGGGAGGCUUUGCACAGGCGAGUGCGUAUGGGACUGCUUGUGUGGUUGAGAAGAUUGAGGGUGCCAACGUUGAGGCGCCUCAGUUGACGCAUUAGUUUGAUGUUGAAGUCGGAGAUUGCGAGGAUACCCUUGGUUAAAAUCUUUAAGUAGUAUUUCUGUUCUUGAUUUCAACAACGUCAUCUUUAUUCAUCUGAA